UCGCCUGUCUUUCUUCUCCUCCCCUCCCUCUCACCUUCCCCUUUACUUUAAUUGCUUUCUCCUCUUGCAUACCGUCCUGCAUCCCUCCAACUCUUUCCCUCCGUUUGCUUUCCACCUUCCUCCUGUUCCCACCUUGGACCUCCCUUUUUGUCCUCACCACCUUCUUCUCAACCCUUCUCUGAAUCUCUAACCCUAACCCUCCCCGGGUCUGCGGAUUGCGCUGUGCCCCUGGGCGUCAGUGUCCCCCUCAUCUCACUUUCCCCCAAGUCCCCGCCCGGCUCAGCGCCUAAGGGCCUGGCCCUGGGGAAGAAGGAUGGUUCCCGAGGUAAGGGUCCUCUCCUCCUUGCUGGGACUCGCACUGCUCUGGUUCCCCUUGGACUCCCACGCACGAGCCCGCCCAGACAUGUUCUGCCUUUUCCAUGGGAAGAGAUACUCCCCUGGCGAGAGCUGGCACCCCUACCUGGAGCCUCAGGGCCUGAUGUACUGCCUUCGCUGCACUUGCUCCGAGAAUGCCCACGUGAGCUGUUACCGCCUCCACUGUCCGCCCGUGCACUGCCCCCAGCCCGUGACCGAGCCGCAGCAGUGCUGUCCCCGCUGUGUGGAACCUCAUACCCCUUCUGGGCUCCGGGCCCCACCCAGGUCCUGCCAGCAUAACGGGACCACGUACCAACACGGCGAGCUCUUCAGUGCCCACGAGCUGCUCCCCUCCCGCCUGCCCAACCAGUGUGUCCUCUGCAGCUGUACCGAGGGCCAGAUCUACUGCGGCCUCAUGACCUGCCCGGAACCAGGCUGCCCUGCACCCCUCCCGCUGCCCCCCUCCUGCUGCCAGGCCUGCAAAGAUGGGUCCGGUGAGAAGUCGGCUGAGGAGGACACCACGCAGUCACACCAAGGGGUGAGACAUUCCCAGGAUCCGUGUUCAGGGGACAGCGGGAGAAAGAGAGACCUGAGCACUCCGUCCCCCACUGGGCCCAGCGCCCCUUUGGGCUUCAUCCCUCGCCACUUCCGACCAAAGGAGGCAGGCAGCACCACGGUCAAGAUUGUUCUGAAGGAGAAACAUAAGAAAGCCUGUGUGCAUGGUGGGAAGACAUACUCCCAUGGGGAGGUGUGGCACCCAGCCUUCCGCUCCUUCGGACCCCUGCCCUGCAUCGUGUGCACCUGUCAGGACGGCCGCCAGGACUGCCAGCGGGUGAUCUGCCCCACUGAGUACCCCUGCCAGCACCCCGAGAAAGUAGCCGGGAAGUGCUGCAAGAUUUGUCCAGAGGAUAAGGCAGACCCUGGCCACAGUGAGAUCAGUGCCACCAAGUGUCCGAAGGCAUCGGGCCGAGUUCUCGUCCACACGUCAGUAUCCCCAAGCCCGGACAACCUGCGUCGCUUUGCCCUCGAGCGUGAGGCCUCUGAGCAGGUGGAGAUCUACCUCUGGAAGCUGGUAAAAGAUGAGGAAACUGAGGCUCAGAGAGGUGAAGUACCUGGCCCAAGGCCACACAGCCAGAAUCUUCCACUUGAUUCAGAUCAAGAAAGUCAGGAAGCAAGACUUCCAGAAAGAGGCACAGAACUUCCGGCUGCUCACCGGCACCCACGAAGGUCACUGGAACGUCUUCCUAGCCCAGACCCCGGAGCUGAAGGUCACGGCCAGUCCAGAUAAAAUGACCAAGACCUUAUAACAAAGAUCUGAACAGUUGCAGAUAUGAGCUUUAUCAUUUUUGUUGUUUUAUAUUAAUAAAUA